UUUCACAAUGUCUAUCCCCAAGAAGAACAAGAUCAUCAAGAAGGAAAAAAAAUCUGAUCAGAGAUAUGUCUCCACAUUAUUGUUGCCCGUAACAAACUUCCCUCUUCGGGCUGAUCCUGCUCUUCGUGAGCAUUUGUUCCGCCAACGAUGCACAACCGAUCUCUAUUCUUGGCAACGUGAACAUAAUAACUCGAGUGGAGACUUGUUCGUCCUCCAUGAUGGUCCCCCUUAUGCUAAUGGUCGUCCUCACCUUGGCCAUGCUCUCAACAAAAUGAUUAAAGAUUUUAUUAAUCGUCAGCGAGUCAUGAAGGGGAUUAAAGUCGACUUCCGCCCUGGUUGGGAUUGUCAUGGAUUACCUAUUGAAUUAAAGGCUUUGGCAGGACUCAAAGUCAAAAACCUAUCCAACCUGAGUCCUAAUCAGAUUCGUAAGGCGGCUCAAGCAACAGCUCAAUAUGCAGUGAAUGAACAACAAACUGAGUUCGCAACCUAUGCAGUAAUAGGCGAUUGGGAGAAUGGUUACAAGACUAUGGACAAGGAUUAUGAGGCUCGUCAACUCACUGUUUUCUUGGAGAUGAUGAAGAAGGGUCUUAUUUAUCGUGCUUACAAACCUGUCUAUUGGGCACCUUCUACCAAAACUGCGCUCGCUGAAUUGGAACUCAUUAUUAAGGAGAAUCAUCAAAGUCAAUCUGUUUGGGUUGCUUUCCAUAUCGUUCAGCCUUCUCCAGCACUCGCAGUUACAUUACCAUUAUCAACGUCAUUACAGGCUGUAGUAUGGACAAUAGCCCCCUGGACAUUGGUGGCCAACAGAUGUAUUGCUGUUCAUCCCAAAGCAAAGUACACAGUGUUCAGGAACAACAAAUCAUCCAAUGCUAAUGAUAAUCUCGUCUACCUGGCCGCCACUGAUCGCAUGGAGGAAAUGGAGAAAUGUUUUGCUUCCAAGGACGGCGAUGUUAAUAAUAAUAACAACAGCAAUAGUAAUAAUCUGGAGUGUCUCGGUCAAGUCAAUGGCGAGGAACUCGUUGGGACUCGAUAUCAUCACCCUCUGACAAAUGAAACAUUAUCUUUUAUUGCUGCAAACUAUGUUGCAUCUGACACUGGAUCCGGUCUAGUCCAUGUUGCACCGGGUCAUAGCAUGGAUGAUUAUAGAGCCUGCUUUCCUUUAGGGAUCGAACCUUUUUCUCCUGUUAACAACGUAGGGAAAUUUACUGCAGAGGCGGGUCCAGAACUGGAGGGGCUUGAUGUUCAGACGGAGGGGACUACUAAAGUUUUGAAGCUCCUAAUGGCUAAAGGCAGAUUAAUCUAUGAGCAAGCUUACGUACACAAAUAUCCGUAUGAUUGGCGCACCAAUAAGCCAGUUAUCCUUCGUGCUGCCUCUCAGUGGUUUGUUAAUGUUAGUUCAUUCAAGGAGGAUGCACUGAGGGCGAUCAAGAGCGUUCAUAUUAUACCAGAGAGAGCAAGGCGUCGCCUCGAGGGCUUUGUGCGCUCCCGCUCGGAUUGGUGCAUCUCUCGUCAGCGUUCUUGGGGUGUUCCUAUUCCAGUGUUUUAUGAGGACGAGACAGAUGUGCCUUUGUUGACGAGGGUAUCAGUACAGCAUGUGAUCGAUAUUGUCAAGGAACAUGGGACAGAUGCUUGGUGGAAUAUGACCACUGAAGAGUUGCUUGCACCCGAGUACAGGAACAAUGGAAAGAAGUAUUGUCGAGGGAAUGAUACCAUGGAUGUCUGGUUCGACAGUGGUACGAGCUGGACCAUGAUUGAGGAAAUGGCGUCACGUCAACAUCUUCCUUUUGUGGCGGAUGUGUACUGUGAAGGCACUGAUCAGCACCAUGGAUGGUUCCAAUCAUCUCUUUUGACCUCAGUGGCAUUGACAGGCAAGGCCCCUUAUGGAACUCUGAUCACACACGGAUUUUUGCUGGAUGAGAAUGGUGUAAAGCAAGGAAAGUCUCUUGGAAAUACAGUGGAUCCAGCCAUGAUUAUUAAGGGUGGCAAGGAUCUGGAGAAGGAUCCAGCCUAUGGAACAGAUCUACUGCGCUUGUGGGCAGCCUCAUCUGAAUAUACAAGGGAUAUCGCCAUAGGAAAAUCCAUUUUGAACCAAGUUGCUGGAGCUGUGCGCAAGUUCCGGUCCACAGCUCGGUUUAUGCUUGGGAACCUUAAUGGUUUCAACGAAUCGGAGGCUGUAGGCUAUGAGGAUCUGAGUCGUCUUGACAAGUUCAUGCUUUCGGAGGUCUAUCAUUUCUGUAAGAACGUUAAUGCUGGUUAUGAUGAGUACAUGUUCAACAAAGUGUAUGGUCAGCUGCAAUACUUUAGUAGCACAAUCCUUUCAUCUUUUUAUUUGGACAUCGUCAAAGAUACUUUGUACUCAGAGGCGGAAAACAGUUUGAAGCGCCGUGCAGUUCAGACAGUGCUCUUCCAUACCUUGACUGCUUUCAUAAAAAGCAUUGCUCCACUAGCACCCUAUUUUGCUGAAGAAGUCUAUGAGCAUUAUCGUGGUUGUUUUACCAAUCCUCAACCUAGUGUGUUCCGUGUUGGCUGGUUAGAAGCUCCAGAAUCAUGGAGCAAUACUACACUUCGUGAAGAGUUCCGGGUGGUGAAACAGCUUCGUGUUGAGGUCAAUCGGUUGCUUGAGCGGGCUCGAGUUGCUAGAAUGAUCGGGCCUUCAUUGGAGGCCAUCGUUGAGAUUUGGUUGCCUGCUGCAGAGGAUACUAAGGCGGAGCAGCAAGAGCAACAGCAAGAACAAUCGCAGCAACAGCAAGAAGAUGUACUAGGUCAUAUAGUCAAAACAUAUGCAGCCGAUUUGGCAAGGAUCUUCAUCACAUCGGGUGUUACCAUUUUUAGUGGUAAUGAAAGUGCAUGUGAUGAGACAACUACGACUCCCGUUUUUGCGACAGCAACAACUCAUGUCGACGAAAAAUCCUUUGCUAGAAACGUAGUUCUAGCCAACACUGGAUCAUGUCGUCUUGUAGUGCGCAAGGCCGUACUGCACAAGUGUCCACGCUGCUGGACCUAUACAUCUACAACAGAGGAUACGCUUUGUGCUCGUUGUAUCCGUGUUGUAUCUUUAGAGAAAUAGAUUUAUUAAAGAUUUAAAAAAAGGGUUUUUUACAUCUCCCUGGAAUGCUUUUUCCCUUUU